AGCGGAGGUGGAUCGGAGUGCGCGGCUGUUGAGGGUGCAGAGGGACAGAGUACAGAGUAGAACAGCAAGGCAGAAGCAGAACAGCAAGGCAGAACAGCAGAACCCAAGCACUGCACACCAGAGUCGCUCGCAUCAGUCUCCCUCGGUGUCUCUGCUAGUGCGGACACGGCACAAAGCAGCACCAAACAGCGCUCGGUCUCCGCUCGCCAGUUCACCCACGCAACAAACUCCAACGCUGCUGCUCUUGUUCUUCAGCAGCAGCUCCCGCGGAAGGUUGUCCUGCUUCUCAAUACCUCUGCCCAGAUAAAUAAUACGAGUUUAGGCGAAGAAUUUGAUAAACAUCCAGAGAUUUAUAUUUAGAAUAAGAAAAAAAAGAAGAGAUAGAGAGAGAUCUCAGUGCAAUUCCCGAAGUGUCCCAAGCAUCAAUCUGCAUACAUGGAUUUUGUCAUCUUAAAGGUUAACGGAACUGAUGUGAGCAGUUUCCCUCAUGAAGACGCGGUGCGGACUUUUCUCACCGCUCAAGAGCCCAUCGUCGUCGAGGUUAAAAGGCGAACGCCGGAAGAAUUCCAAGUGGCCGCGAAUGUUGCAACACCCGCAGAUGAAUGCCAGGCAGCAGCUGCCGCCUCGAUGGGAGUCGUCUCCACGGGGGUGCAGACAGAGUUCCCAGACUUCACCUGGAUUGAUGACAACACUCUCGAAUGCUUCUCACAGGAAAUCGAUUUUGAGGAAGUCACAUUGCGGAAGUGUAGUAGCGAUGAGAAAUUGGGCCUCACGGUUUGCUACAGCUCCGGCUCUGAGGCAGACACCUGCACCGAGGUCUACAUCCGCGAUAUUGCACCCCAGAGUGUUGCUGACCGCGACGGACGGCUGAGGCAAGGAGAUCAAAUCUUGCAAGUAAACGGCAAAGACGUCGCCAACAGAGAGGAAACCGAGUCGCUUUUUGCCGAGAACAAGAAAGCUGUUACCCUUCUUGUCAGCCGUUGCUACAACAAAAGCGAAGAUUAUUUGGAUGCUGAAGCUCAAGGGGAUGCAUCUCCGAAUUGCAAGAGUGCUGCGUAUCAGAACAGCAUAAUAGAGCAAUUAGUUCAACAGCAAACAGAAUCACACCAUUCCGGAAAAGUAGACGUUCCACCGCCUCACGUUCCUCCGCAUUUCAUGCAUGACACGUUGAAUCUGACAAAUUCACUGGUUCGUUCCAAGAUCGAUUCAAUAGCCCACGAGAUGUCCGAGCUAGAUCACCGUAUGCAGAACAUCCAGUUGGUGAAGAGCGACAAAAGGAAGCCUCCUCAGUUGCCACACAUCCCUGCACCAGUGGAAUCCGAUACAGAGCAUAUUUACGAAACUAUUCCAGAAUCAGUGGACUCUGAAUUGGAACCGAUCUACUCUUGUCCCUACGAGGCAAACGAUGAGAAUAUGGUGGAACAGUGGUUGAAAGCCCAAGAUACCGAUUGGAAUGGCCAGCCGAAAGAGAUUGUCGUUACCAAAGAAACAAAAGCUAAAGAGAAGUCUCGAAGCAAGUCAUCCAAAAGCAACAGCAGCGGAGAAGAGCACGAGAAUAGCUCAAGCGCUUACAACACCGGAGGUUCUUGUAACAGCAACCCCUUAACAUUCGAGCUUGCUUGCAGUCUGGAGUCCAAGCAUAAUCGAUCCACGUUAAUCCUCUGCCCUCCGGGCGAAACUACUGAAAGUUGCGAAACACUGAAACAUACCAAAACGCCAGCGAGAUCCAAAACCAAAGCCUCAAGUUCCAAAGUCAAUAGUCCGUCGUCGCCGACUGUUAGACCGGGUCUAAACGUUCCGAUGCUCUCAGAUACGAUGUACACGAACGCCGCAAAUUUACGGCAAACGAUCCUCCUGCAGCAGCAAUUAUUCCGACAAUCGCUCGGACAAUCCAAUCAUGAAACCAACAGACCCACCACAAGCUUCACCGCGCCAAGUUUAAGUCAAUAUCAAUUCAUUAGUAGUCAACAGAAUUAUACCAACACCCGCACCGAGUCUACCACAAUGGACACGGCUAUGGAAUGGAAAGUCAAGAGAAGGCCUGAUGGCUCCAGAUACAUCGCCAGGCGUCCCGUGCGUAAUAGGAUUCUGAGGAACCGCGAGAUUCGCAUUUCCGAGGAGAGGGCCGGUUUAACAACUGAGGACGAUACAAUAUCGGAGUUAAAGAUUGGCCGGUACUGGACCAAAGAAGAGCGCAAGAAGCAUUUGGAGAAAUCGAAGGAGCGAAAACAGCGGCAGGAAAUUUUAAUGGCUGCCAAGAAUAUAGACGAGAAUGGCGACUUUAUAUUCCAUAAGACUCUGGACAAGAGUCACGGCUCUAUGAUGAACAAAAAAGCGGCCAACAAUUUGGAUAACACCGUCAAGAAACACAAGAGCACCAAGAAGUCACAGAAAUCGGAUGUGUAUGAGAACUUCUCAACUGUUCAAGAAGUCUUAGUGCACGGGAAUAAAGUUAGCGCUAACCAAAAUAGCAAAAUGAUUGGGCUUUUAUCUGUCACUACAGUAUAAUUCAAUGUCUACUAUUGCUUUUCCAUAAAUAUUCGAGCACGUUUCGCUUUGUGAAUCAGCCAUUACUUUAUCCUGACGACGUAAGUGUCUAUUAUUAUAUAGUAAUCCCAAUAUGUGAUGUUUUCAAUUUAGUGUACAUAUCGUAAA